UCAUCCGGAUUUGCUGGGCAGACUGUCAGUCCCGGUGCUUCCUGCUGUACUCUCCAAUUUCCCGGAUUUGCAGUUUCGUCUUGUGCCGAAUGUUAGCCUCGGUCUGUUGCCGCUACACACUGAUCUUUUCCGUGGCCACACGCAGCUGUUUUUAUAAAUCAUUCUGUUUUUGUCAACGUUUCUGGUAUACCUGGGCUCCCGAGUGGUGCAGCAGUCUAAGGCACUGCAUCUCAGUGCUUGAGGCGUCACUACAGACCCCUGGGUCGAAUCCAGGCUGUAUCACAACCGGCUGGAGUCCCAUAGGGCGGCGCACAAUUGGGCCAACUUCAUACGGGUUUUGCCGGUGGAGGCCAUCAUUGUAAAAAAUAAUUUGCUCUCAACUGACUUUCCUAGUUAAAUAAAGGUCUGUGAUGGCCAUGAGCAGCUUGGAGGGCAGUGCCACCGAGGCCGUUCAGAUCUGGACACCAGAGACCCCGAGCUGGUGCUAAGGACAUGGGACUCUCCCUCAGAGUUAGCGACAGGCUCAGCAGCACGAGACGUUACAGUGACAAACCAGCGGUGGCACAGGACUGCUGCCCUCAGAGCCUUCUCACCCCCUGCAGGACGUCCCCACCACAGGCCCAGCAGCUCCCAGACCCCAGUAACAGCAGUGUGGUAUAGAGACUCUCUGUAAGCUGUGCGUCUGAUGAGGAUGUCUGAUCCUGUUACUGUAAAGGACAUCAGUAGGACUGAGACCAUGAAGGUUUGUGAGGCUGGAGAGGAGCUGGAGGCAGCAGACUGGACCGACACCACAACAUUAGGAGCAGACAGCAGACGGAACGGUGUGAAGGACAAACCCAAACAGGCUGGGAGCCUGGUGCCGGAACACAAUGCCACCGGUCACCAAGACGGAAGCUGCUGUGACAACGAGAGGGAAACGUCACAGCAGCAGUCUCCUGUAUCAGCUGGCCAGUCGGUGAGGGGCUCUAAGUCCAGGGUAAAGUUAGUACGGAGCCUGGCUGUCUGUGAAGAGUCCUCUCCUCCCUUUCUAACUGCACACCAGCUGACACCAGAUCCUCAGAUAUCCCAGUCCUUUGAUAAGGAGGAGCUGUCUGCCAAGGAAGAGAAAGAGAAGGUGGAGAAACCAGAGAAGAUAUCCAGGAAAAUGCUGUCAAGAGAUUCCAGCCAGGACUACACAGACUCUACUGGAAUAGACCUGCAUGAGUUCCUGGUCAACACUCUAAAGAACAACCCCAGAGACAGAAUGAUGCUGUUGAAGUUGGAGCAGGACAUUCUGGAUUUUAUUAGUAAUAAUGAAAGCCAGAAGAGGAAAUUCCCUCCCAUGACUUCGUACCAUAGAAUGCUGCUACAUCGAGUGGCUGCCUACUUCGGCAUGGAUCACAAUGUUGACCCCACUGGGAAGUCUGUCAUCAUCAACAAAACUAGCAAUACAAGAAUACCAGAUCAAAAAUUCUCAGAACACAUAAAAGACGACAAAACGGAUGAUUUCCAAAAACGCUACAUUCUCAAAAGAGACAACGCCAGCUUCGACCGGGAAGACGGCAUGAUACGAAUGCGCCUGAAAGACGACAGGAGAAGCAAAUCUAUCGAGGAGAGGGAGGAAGACUAUCAGAGAGCCAGGGACAGGAUAUUUGCACCAGAUGGAGAUCAUUUCCACCUAGAUGGAAGGAGCCCUGAUGAAGAGGCUUGUAUCAGUACUCAACAGAGGCGGCAACUCUUCAGACUAGGGGACGGGCGGUCAGCCAGCAGUAGACAGAGCAGCUCUGAGAAUGACCCCAAGAACUGUGAUGCCCGGCCGUGGAGCAGCACUGAUUCAGACAGCUCCAACCGUAACCUGAGGCCGACCAUGACCAAGGCCAGCAGCUUCAGCAGCAUCUCUGUCCUCAUCAGAGGAGACAGCUCAGCCAGCAGCAAGAGCACCGGACGCCUCUCCAAAACAGGUUCUGAGUCUUCUAAUAGUGUAGGGUCUUCUACGAGUUCCAUCUCUCGCCCCCAAGUACUCCACCUGCCUCUCCCUGUCCCAGCUGCUCUAACCCAGGCAGCCGGCCCUGUCGGGGGCCCCAGCACGGUGCUACCUACACCCUCCUCCUCUGCGUCCUCCGCUGCCACGGCCCCCAGCAGUAGUAGAGCUCCUGUACACUGUGAUCGGGGCAGCAGGAACGGCCCGGCGCCUGCAUCCGGCCCAGCGCCAACCCAGGCCACUGCUAAUGCUACUAGUUACUAUUUGCUUCCCCCGGAAGCCACAGGGAUUCCGCCUGGCAGUAUACUGGUCAACCCACACACAGGCCAACCCUUUGUGAACCCUGACGGCAGUGCUGUGGUCUACAACCCCUCGAUGACCUCACAGCAAGGUGGGAGGAGCCAGCAGCCCUUGGCCCCUCCCCUACCGCCCCCAGCCCCGCACCAGCCAGCCAAUCACGUCCUCUCCCAGCCGGUUCGGCAUCUCCAGCCCUCUGCUCCACAGCCGAUCCAGUACUCAACCAUCUCUUACCCUCCUCCUCAGUUCCUGCCACUCUCCUCUAACCAACAAUACACUUUGCAAGAAGGGCUGGCUGCCCAGUUCAGCCACAUGAGUGUGGUGCGCCAGGCGUCCAGCGACGUCACUAACGGCGGCCCCCACCCUGCCAUGUACCCCUUGGGCCCUGUGGUGCUCCAGGCCCCCCUGCAGCACCAGCAGACUGGCUACAUGGUGGCCCCUCCAGGGCCCCCUGUGGUGGGGCCAACCCAGGCCUACCCCGGCCCUGCCCACCCUAUGAGCCAGCCGGUCAUGCAGCAGCAGCAGGGCUACAUGCCACAGCAGAUGCACACAUGUUACUGUGCUCCAGCCCAGGACCCCCACUCCCACUGCAACCAGCACUAUCGCCCUGUCAGCCCCGUGCACUACACCAGCCCCCAGACCCAGCCUCUUCCCCAGCAGCCAGGUUACCACGCUGUGAUGCCAAAUCAGCCCCAAGGCCCUCAGCAUCAGAACCUGGUGAACAACCAGCAGCACAGCAAUCUGGGAAAUCACAUGACGGCCUUCAUGGUCCAGUACCCUUCAAUGCCUUCUUAUCAGGUAUCAAUGCCCCAGGGGUCUCAGAACAUGCCUCCACAUCAGCAGGCAUGUCAACAGCCCAUGAUGAUCCAGAGCCAUCCAAGCCAAGCUCCCAUGGCCAUGUCAGGCAUGCAGGUUUACUACAGUGUCAUGCCCCCAAAUCAACACAGCACCAUGAGUCCAUCGAUGGGUUUCUUACCUCCUGCUGGGGCAGAGCAGAUGCAGUUUCCCCGGGCUUCGUCUCCGUGUGGAACCCAGCAGCUACCAGGACAGCAGUGCUCAGGUGUGCUCCCCGGUCCUCACAGUGGUGGUAUGGUGAUGAUGCAGCUGACCCUGCCCCCUAACCACCAGCCCAGAGCCCACUCCCCUCCACAGUGGAAACACAACAGAUACUACAGUCUGGAUCACACACGCAGCCAGAGGUCCUCAGAACAACUAAACAACUCGCAGAACACUCCCCAGCUGGGCGGCCCCAGCACGCCUCCAGCCCAGCCCCAAGCCCCAACCCACCAACUCACCUCCAUAAAGAACCUCCGCUCGGCCGGCCUCACCCCCAUCCCCAUAAUGGCCCAGUUCCCCAGACCCUUCGGACCAGGGCAGGCAGUGGACGGUAGAUACCCAUUGCUGGGUCAACCCCUCCAGUACAACCCUGCCAUCAGGCCUCCGCUGAUCCAUGGCACACACCACAUGAUCCCCAACCACCACCACGGCCCAAUGGGAAUCCGGCAUCAUGGGGGGCGAGGUUCAAAGAGGAGACCACCACCUAGGAAGUCAUUAUCAUCAGAUCUUAGUGUAGGUGACCCAGUGAACGGUGGAGUCCUGGAGGUGCUGGAGCUACCAGAGGGCAUCAGUCGUACGGAGGCAGACUCUCUCCUGGGGGAACUGUACAGAGGAGGGGCCAUGAUCAAGUGGUUGUCUGAGACCCAACAGCACCAACACCAGUCUGGUGAAACCCUGCUGAAGCACUGUGGGGCUGGGGGGGACGGUAACAACGGUGACACAAACACUGACACUACUUCCUGUUCCAAUCCCCCCAGUAGUAACCAUAACGACCUGGCGUCCACCUACACCAUCCUGGCUGUGUUUCCCUCCAGGUACGCAGCUCAGAACGCCUUGCUCAGACACAGUGGCCCUGCCGGCCCUGGGCCCCUUCUUACCACCACGUUCAAACUCAGAACUAGCAAGAGACACUCUGAUGAGUUUCACAACCAGGAGAGGACCACCUCUCAAUAGCAGGGUGGGGUGCUGUAGCCAGCCAACCUGGAGAGGACUUGCUCUCAAUAGCAGGGUGGGGUGCUGUAGCCAGCCAACCUGGAGAGGACUACCUCUCAAUAGCAGGGUGGGGUGCUGUAGCCAGCCAACCAGGAGAGGACCACCUCUCAAUAGCAGGGUGGGGUGCUGUAGCCAGCCAACCUGGAGAGGACUUGCUCUCAAAAGCAGGGUGGGGUGCUGUAGCCAGCCAACCUAGAGAGGACCACCUCUCAAUAGCAGGGUGGGGUGAUAUGUUACUAGGGCCCCUGAGAGGUUGUUCUAGGGGCUCCCACGGGCUGCUAUGAGGGGCUGCCGGUCACGGGCCCUCGCCAUGGCCCCUCCACCCCACCACCACCUCCACUGCUGCCAUCGGCCAACCAAUCAGACACCCCUCUUCUGCAAGCAUCACUCACUAGUCUCCACUCCCCACCGGACUGACAGACAGACUGAUGGAGUAUCACUCGGUUGGCAUUAUCGAACAGCUUUUUCUUGACUUGAGUUGUAGAGGCUUUCUGGGAAUAUGUUAAUGCCUUUGGAACGUUCGCUACUUUUUGAGAUGAAAAUGUGUAAAAAAGGAUCUGACAACACACCAAUGUUGAAACACAAAGACACAGACAGAAAAACAGGAAUAAAGUUCCAAAAGUGUCAUAUUUUAUUUGCAGCCCGAACAUGGUAAAGGAAGCAGCAUGUUUUAUUUUGUUUUGUUUUGUUUUAUGUUUGUUAAAAGCUGCAGGGAGGUACUCAUUCAUUACAAGAGGAUAAUAUACCAAGUGUCUCUCAUUGGACAAGAGUGUCUCUCAUUGGACAAGAGUGUCUCUCAUUGGACAAGAGUGUCUCUCAUUGGACAAGAGUGUCUCUCAUUGGACAAGAGUGUCUCUCAUUGGACAAGAGUGUCUCUCAUUGGACAAGAGUGUCUCUCAUUGGACAAGAGUGUCUCUCUGGGUCGGAUUCUGAUUUUGAGAUCUGCAACGGAUAACUCCAGAUUUCAGUGUAAAAUGUCCCGUUGAUUUACACGAAAGCCUGAGUUGUGCCGGUGUAUAAUAUCUAUUAGGAUUCGGCCCAUAGAGUCAGUCUCCCGUUGGCCAGUCGGUGUGCUACUUACAACAGAAGAUUAGUCUUCUAGAACAAGGUUGUGUCCCAAAUGGCACCCUAUUUCCCUAUAUAGUGCACUACUUAGGUCCCAUAGGGCUGUGGUCUUAUGAGCCCUAUGGGACCUGGUCUAAAGUAGUGCACUAUCUAGAGAAUAGGGUUCCAUUUGGGACUUAGCCCAACAGAAUGGUGCCUUCUAACUGGGCUCGGGUGCCACUAUCCAUCCCUCUCCCCAACACCCCUAAAGACACCCCAUCCAAUUCCAUUUGUAUAAACUCUGACCCACCCAUUUCUUUCACAAUGAAUCAUCACUGAUAUGGUAGCUAAAUUAUUCUCACUUUUCUACACAGUAAAUGGUAUGUUUGCACUGGCACAAGGGAGAAAUGUUUGUUUUGAUAGUGGUUUAUCAUUUUUAAGGAAAAGAUGAGAAGAACCUUGGUGCAUCUCAUUGAUGGUUUAUUCUAUUUGAGCUAUUCUAAAAUGAAUGUCCUUCUCACCAACCUCCUCCAACCCUCUCUGUUCAGUCCACCCAUUCCCUGGUUAUGUAUCAAAUGGCACCCUAUUCCCUAUGGGCCCUGGUCAAAAGUAGUGCACUAUAUAGGGUGGCCAGGCCAAAUUCCUUUCGUGUUUAGUUCGUUUUACCGUUCGUAUCCUAUCAGAAGGGUCACUGGAAAAGUGUGCAUUAUUCACAACACACCCCCAACCCCAUCACACCCAAACAAAUGUCUAUUUAAGAUGGUUGUUGGUGGUGGAUUCAGGAGAGAUGUCCAGUCUGCUGGUGCAACAUGUUUUUAUUUCUGUUUGAAACCAAUAAAUGUUUACACCAAAA